AUGCGGGCGGAGCGCGAGAGAGGUGCUCCCGCCCGGCUCAAACGUGCCAACACGACGGGCGAGCGGACUGCAGAGCGGGAGCGGGCUGCUCCUGCACGCAAGCAGCUUACGAAGAGGGGCAGCGCUCCAUCUUCCGCGCCCUACGACCCCUGGGCAUCUGACUCUGAGGAGGAGUCGAAGGCCCCGCCGGCUGUGGUGAGGCGACCACCUCAAAACAAAGUGGCUUCGAAAACUCCCGAGAGGCCACCCGCGGAGGCCCCGAGCCGACCCAAUCCGCUCCUGGCCCGCGGGAAGACGCCGACAAGGAAAACGCGGCUCGACAGCCAGGAUUCCGUCGCCGGCGGGAAUCAAGUUGUGUCACAGCAACCUGCGACUCCUACGACAACGGCCACUUACUCCCCGGACGAUGUGCGCGCAUCACCGUGGAGCACAGGCUCCCGCUCGCCCUCACGGCCGAACCCACUUCUGCCAAGCUCCCGCUCACCCUCCCAGACUCGCCAGGCAGUCGAGAGCGGCUCCAUGACCCCAAGAGGAGCCCACAAAGAGCGCUCGGGAAGCCGGAAGAGGACCGACGGCGAGCGCAGCCCGAGGACUCCCGAGACGACGGAUCCGGCGCUCUAUUUGCAAUCUCUGUUUCCGGCGGAGUCUCCGAACGCCCCGCCGACGUCACCCCCGAGCCCAUCCCUGACAAGAACGGAGCAGCGGCACAAGGCCGUGGCAAGAAGCCUUUCUCGUCUCUUCUCCGACGACGAGGAGGUGCAGCAAAGGAAAGGCGCGUCGCGGCCGACGACCGGCCGGCCGCCCGCUGUUGCCCCAAAGCCAGAGGCGGAGGAGGAGCCUCCAGCAAGGAAAACUUUGCGCCAAGGGCAGGCGCAGGACGGGAGGCCAAGCCACGCGGGCGAUCCCAGCCUGGACGGCGGGUGA